GGUUGCUUGCCAGGUUUCAUUUCAACAAAUCUUUAAUGUAGGAACUCUAAUGUAAAGACUUUACCACCUCCUCAUCAAGCUUGAGUCACACAUGACAGGGUAGCUAAUGAGCACGAAAUCUCUGGUCAGAGCAGCACCAGUGUUUCCUGAUAAAAGGAAAAAGGUGAAAAUCAAUUCCUCCCAAAGAAUGGGCUGCUCCUGGAUCUCUGAUCGGGAAACAGUGCAAUGAGGGACGGGUCUCUGUAGGAUAGCAGCCGAUGUGCAUGUGUGUGUGUUUAAGUGAGGACGUAGGCUACAGAGCAAUAACUGUAUCCUCAGUCAGACGCAGCUCAUCCUCGGAACAGGGGACCAAAUACCAGUAGACCAAAUGUGCAGCCAGUGAGGGGAGCUCUGCAGUUUGCUGCAGCAUAAGAUACUGCAUGGGCGUAGUAGAUCUGUCUGCAUCUGGGCUGCAGGCAGAACAGCACUUGAUCCUGCGCUAGUGGAGACAGCCUAACGCAUGGUGCAGUUGCCAUAACGUGGUUUGAAGGUUAUUGAUCUGAUUGGACAGAAUCCAAUCGCCAUGGAGCUGCAACUGUUCGCCACGGCCUGUCUCCUCUUUGGCAGGAUAAUGACAACGCAUCAAACUCACAUGAGCUUUUGGACUAGGUUUCUGUUCGCUCCACGUGGACCUCAGAUGUUUCCCUGUCUAACUUACCUGGAGCGAAAUGUCAGGGUGGAUUGUGAGUUUCCACCCACCUACCAGGUCCCCGGCCCCUACUGUGAGUAUCGGCAGGACAGCCGGCUGGUGGGCAGCACCUUACCCAAUGCUGUCGUGUAUGUGUCCACAGAGGACCGCAGGAGGAGCAACGUCAGCCUGGUCACUCCCACUCUGUGCCGCCUCACCUGGGCUCCGCUGGCUGAUGAGAGGCCUUUCACCUACACCUGCAGGGUUUACCAGGGCAACAGCUGGAAGGAGAACAGCAUGGCCAUCCAUCACAGGAUCCUUCCAAUCUGCUCUGCAAUCAGUGUAAUGUUUAAAUCAGCACCGUGGCUUUUGUCACUGGUGAUGUCACUUCCUGUGGCUGUGGGUCUUCUGAGUCCAUGAACUCUCGCUUUCACAGGGUAACAACUCAAUAGGCCUCUCUGACAUGAUUUGUGGUUUGGUGGUUGACUCUAUGUGGGAUGAUUUUAUUUUCUGUUAUUUUAUUUUUUUAGGCAGAGAAUAGAAGCCAUGACAACCACCUCUCGUUGAGCAUUGGACUAUUAUUUAGUAGACCUCAUUAUCACCAUUGUACCUUGAACACCAUUUUUUCAAAAGAGGAAACAAAUCAUGACAAUAUCAAAUGAAUGACAUUGCAGACUGAUGCAACAGCGAACCGUGUUCAUUUUCUAUUAUAAUGGCUGUUUAAAAAAUCAGAUUACAGUUUUUUUAAUCUGUUGUCUUGAUCAGGUCUCCCUUGUAAAUAAGAUUAAUUAUGACCUAUCCGUAUAAACAAAAAUUUCGUUAAUGGCCAAAUAAAUGUUCAUUUUGUGGUUUUGUAUUUUUUUUUUUUU